GAGGUAGCAGUUGAGGUGGAAGGGGAAAAUGUAGCAUUUUAUUCUCACGUAUGCUGAAAGGUGCCGCAAGUCGUACGUAACUAUGCGAACUGUUGUGUUUACGUUUGUUAGUGCAAGCUAAAAGUAUUCUUUGGAGAUACAUCUGAAUGGCCGAGAGUAUUACGUUGCUGUAAUUCUAUUAAAGAUUCAUUAACUAACAUGCUUGCCAGGUGUGCGAAAUGCGAAACAUGAUAUAUUCAUUUAAAAAGGCAUCCGAAAAUAACGUUCCGAAUAGUAUUAUUCUGAAUUUAUUUCUAAAUUCAAAACAACGUGAACAUGAACAAAUAACCAAAUUCAAAUAUGCAGUGGUGUAAGCAAGUGUCAUAACCAAGAAGAACAUCUAAAGGAUGCCUCAUCAAUACGGUUUACCUGGAAUAGCACAUGCACAAUCUCCACCAACUCCUCCACCCCAGCAUGGAGCUAUGUAUUCACGUUUUAGUGGAGCAGUCGUUCCUGGAGGGUACAGAGGAGAAGGUCGCAAACUUACCAGAGAAGCUAUGGAAAGGUACCUUAGAGAACGUAGUGAUAUGGUUGUUGUAAUAUUACAUGCAAAGGUAGCUCAAAAAUCUUAUGGGAAUGAAAAGAGAUUUUUUUGUCCUCCACCAUGUAUAUACCUUUUUGGAGAUGGUUGGCGGUUGAGGCAGGAGCAAAUGCUUAGAGUAGGUGAAUCUGAGCAAGCAGCCCAGUUAUGUGCAUUCAUAGGUAUCGGAAACUCAGAUCAGGAUAUGCAACAGCUGGAUCUCAAUAAUGGCAAACAAUAUUGUGCAGCAAAAACAUUAUAUAUUUCAGAUUCUGACAAGCGUAAACAUUUCAUGUUAUCAGUAAAAAUGUUCUAUGGAUCUGGGCAUGACAUUGGACUAUUUCAUAGUAAACGCAUUAAAGUAAUUUCUAAACCAUCUAAGAAAAAACAAUCUUUAAAAAAUGCUGAUCUGUGUAUUGCAAGUGGUACAAAAGUAGCCCUUUUUAAUAGGCUUAGAUCACAAACUGUGUCCACCAGGUAUUUACAUGUAGAAAAUGGUCAUUUUCAUGCAAGUUCUACUCAGUGGGGUGCAUUUACUAUACAUUUGUUAGAUGAUAAUGAAUCUGAAAGUGAAGAAUUCCAAGUCCGUGAUGGCUAUAUUCACUAUGGAUCAACUGUUAAAUUGGUAUGCUCAGUAACUGGCAUGGCUUUGCCUAGACUUAUUAUUAGAAAGGUGGACAAACAGCAGGCUUUAUUGGAGGCAGAUGAUCCAGUAUCUCAGCUUCAUAAAUGUGCAUUCUAUAUGAAAGACACUGAACGCAUGUACUUGUGUUUAUCACAAGAAAGAAUAAUUCAAUUCCAGGCAACUCCAUGUCCUAAGGAACCAAACAAAGAAAUGAUUAACGAUGGUGCGUGUUGGACUAUUAUUUCUACAGACAAAGCAGAAUAUCAAUUCUAUGAAGGCAUGGGUCCUGUUAAAAACCCCGUUACUCCCGUUCCUAUUGUCCACAGCCUUCAUUUAAAUGGAGGUGGUGAUGUAGCAAUGCUGGAGUUAACUGGUGAUAAUUUCUCGCCCUCUCUGCAAGUUUGGUUUGGCGAUGUAGAAGCAGAAACAAUGUACAGGUGCCAAGAAUCGAUGCUUUGUGUUGUUCCGGAUAUUUCACGGUUUAGGGGCGAAUGGUUAUGGGUCAGACAACCAACUCAAGUACCUGUCUCGCUGGUUAGGAACGAUGGGAUCAUUUACGCAACGGGAUUAACGUUUACGUAUACUCCAGAGCCUGGGCCUAGACCUCAUUGUCCCUCAGCAGAUGAGAUCAUGCAUAGAGGCGGGAGACCUCCUAAUCCAACAGCUGCUCUAGUACAAUCCGAUUCUCCUAAUGUAUGGAGUCAACAAGCGAACUUACACUAGGUGAGUGAACCACUACUGCUCCAAAUGCACAAUACUUAGACAGAUUGGUAAGUGAAAAAAAUAAAUCUUUACAUAAAAACAAAAAAUAAUUAUAUCUAAAUAUUAAUACAGCGGUUUUUUAUUGGCAGUCAGUUUCAAUAUAGGUUGAAGUUACCUAAUUAAUUUAACUGAUUUGAUUUAAAAAAAAUUGUGCGACCAGUUUUAGCAUAGUUGACGAAAAAGGAAACUAAAAGUUGUAUUAGAUUAACUGUUAGAACUAUUCAUCAUACUGUAAUAAGCAGUUAUAUCCUUUUCUUUAUAGUUUCAAUUUUUUUUUCAAUUUCAAUUAAAUUCAUAUUAAAUAUAUUCAAAAUUAAUUUUUAUUUUCUGAUAAUCACGUACAAUUUGAUGUGCCCAAAGUGACAAAACAGUUUUACACGUGCUCCAACCAAUUUUGGCAUCAUUGUGUCUAUGCAUGAAGCGGUGAAUUAUAAUUCAUUAUCGAACUAAAUACGUUAUUGUAAUUAAAUUGAGUUUGUAGGUAUGUGGAGCAGACUUUUUAUUACACAAAUGUGUACGUAUUACACUUAAAUCGUUGCUUUCUGCAGCCAUAUCCACGCACUACAUUUCGUUUUAUUCACCUUGAGGGAAGUUUCAUAUGGUUAAUAUACAGUAACAUAAUAAUAACUACUUCUUUUCGAUAAUGAAUUAUGCAUGACAAUAAUAAUCAUAAACCUACAAUCCUACAAUUAACUAAACAUUAUAUUAUAUACAAUAUGUAUACGUAGCAGACUAACAACAAGUGAAAUUGCAAUUAUUUUAAGUCGUAAAUUCGAUACGUCUAGAUCGAAGAUAAAUAAGGUUAAUCCAGUUUAAGUUGAGAAUUGAAAAAUAGUAAUUACUUUUUUGGUACGUGUUAACAUUAGGAAUGUAAAAACAGAGGGAUUUCAUACGUAAUAUUUGCAAAACAAUUCACGUAAUAAUGUUUAAAAUAAAUCAAUAAGUUUGAAAAAUACUGUUAGUAUAGUAAGAUUUAUUUUUAUUGCAAAAAAAAAACACCUUUAAAGUCACUAUAAUUUUUGUUGCACUCUUAUGCCAAAAAGUACUAAAGCGGAAGGAGAAUGCUCCAUCCAGGAACGUGAUGGUAAUUUUGUUUCCGAUGGUAAGAAAUCUUACUAUACUAGCAAUAUUUUUCAAAUUUAUUGAUUUAUUUUAAGCAAUUUUUGCAGUAGGUGUGACAGUUACGUACUUGGAGGAAGAUAGCAGAAUUUUAGAAUAUAUCCGAUGUAAUUACGCAUGUUGGUAGUAGCAAUUUUGUUUAGGUUUCACACUGGUUUUCAUAUAACGAGUGUUAAAAUGUUAAUUAAAACACUAAAUUCUCAUGUGAAUCGUUUGGCGAGUUUGUGAUGCGGAUGCGUUAGCUUGACGAUACGGAUUUACGAAAGUAGAGAAAAUUGUUGAUUUAUACUAAUUCGAAAACGUUAUCUUUUAAAUAUUGAUAAACAAACAUAGAUGUUUUUUAAAGUAUGAUUAAGAGCUCACAAUUUGUCUUUGCGAAGAUGGAGAAAGAAGUUAAUUCAAUUAAACACAGACACAAAGGAAUUGCGUCCAUAAAAUUAAAUAAUUAAUUGCAAUAAAAAUAAUAUCCCAAUAUUUUGUAGUUGAUUUUUUAAUAGAUUUUUGAUCUGAUUAAUAGUACUUUAAAAUAAAAAAGUACCUAUAAUAUUUUCACAUUUCCUAGUAAUAAACCUGGAACUCCCCAACACGUAUACGCGCCUUUUUCUUAUCAGGUUUUCAUCAAAUUAAUUUUCUGUUCUGAUAACCGUGAUAAUUAUUGGUCUUUGAAUAAAUAUAAAAUUGGUAUGAUGUACGUAACUCAGGCGUUAUUUGUGAAAAUUUUCUAGCUCCGCUUUGAAUAAUAAACUGUGUUUGCUAACUAAAUUUGUAGUGACCAUGACCUUACUGCACGAUCAUUUUUUAGUGUUCUUUUUAAACACAAACAUGUAUUCAUAUUCAAUUUUAAUGGAAAAAGAAUUGAAACUAAGAACCUGUACAUUGUACACCUUAGACGCGUUUGAACAUUUAUUACCUUGAAAUUUAUAAUUACUCAACUUAUACAAAAAAUUGCAUUGUAAUUGCACUGUUUAUAACUGAAUAAUAUCUAAACAUCUAUAUAUUUUUAAAAGA